AUGUUAUCGAAGAAGUAUUCUAAAGUAUUUUUUCCUUCCUUGGGUAAAUUUAAUGCAGGUACUCUGCGACUGGAUAAGCAAGAGGGAGCCAAGCCCAAGUUUUGCAAAGCCUGUUCCAUUCCUUUUGCCUUAUGCCGAGGAGUUGAGGCGGAACUAGACCGACUUGUCACUGAAAACAUCUUGAGCCCAGUAUCAUACAGCAGUUGGGCAACACCCAUUGUACCAGUAGCUAAGAAAAAUGGAACCAUCAGAAUUUGUGGUAAAAACAACAUAGAAUUUAAAGAAAUUGCACCUUUUCAUCCAUCAUCUAAUGGUCAAGCUGAAAAUGCGGUUAAAACAGUUAAACAAGCAAUACUUAAGAUUUUAAAAAGGAGUUCAUUGUCAGAACUUAACCGUAAUUUAAACAAUUUUCUUUUAUCUUAUCGAAUUACACCACACUGUUCUACAGGAAAAUAUCCAGCCAAUUUAAUGUUUCAAAUAAACAUAAGAAGUGUUUAUGAUUUUUGGAAUAACAAUGUAAAUAUUGUAAAUCAUACAGCUAUUGAUGUAACAGACUUUAGUAUUAGUAAACAAAAUGUAAUAGGAGAUCAUGUAGCAGUAAGGGAUUAUAGAGUUGUUAAUUAACCUUCUUGGUUAAAGGGAAUAAUUCAUAAGAAGAUAGGUUCAAAAACUUAUUUUGUAUUUAUACCUAGUCUAGAUAAAACAUGGAGGAGGCACAUAAAUCAAAUAGUAGAUUUUGAAUUUUCAGUUGACGUACAUUCUUCUGACCAUAACAUGUGUAAUAAACCUACCAAAAAUAUCAGUCCAAUUAAUGAAAACAAAAAUUGUCAUGAAUCUGAUGAAGAUAAUUAUUGUAAAUCUGCUGAACCUGUUACAUCUAAUUUAAUACCUGAUGUCUGUACCCCAAGAAGAAGUAAAAGGAAACUUAAAUCAAUGAAAUACUUUUAAGUAAUUAAUUUAUUUUAUUUUUAGUUUUUGUUUUUUUUUUAGGGAGGGAAAGUGUAAUGUAUCCCACAUUAAAUAUUAAAUUUGUUCCAAUAAGCAUAGGCAACUCUUAUUACUUCUUAAUUUUAUAUUUACGAUAUUUCGAAUAUUUAGCGCAGGCGUUUAGAGUUAUUUUUUAUUGUAUGCAUGUACAGUUUCCUUAUUGCAGUAGGAGCUCGCCUGCACUCUUCUAUUCGAAUCAUUGAACUGUUAACAUCGAUUACACUGUUGUCAGAUUGAAUCCAUUGUAAUAUUAAUUUUCGAAU